AUGGCGGAUGCCAGGACUAGAGAAAUGAAACGAAUUUUAGUCGUUGGUUUAGCGUGUUUAGAUAUAAUCAAUACAGUUGACCGUUAUCCCCGAGAAGACGAGGACACAAGGGCGUUGUCACAGCGUUGGCAAAAAGGCGGAAAUGCUGCAAAUACGGCUGUAGUAUUAACCCAAACAUUAGACACAAGUUGUGAACUUUUAUGUUCUCUCAAUACAGGAAUCGAAGGGCAAUAUGUGAAAGAAGACUUACAAAAGCGAGGGGUUUUAAUAGAAAAUUGUCCGGUUAAUAAGAACUGCGGUUUUCCGACUUCGUGUGUGUUAAUAAAUUCAGUGUGUGGCUCACGAACUAUAAUUCAUGCCCGCAAUAACUUACCCGAAUUAGAAUUAACUGAUUUUGACAAACUCGAUUUAAGUUUAUAUUCUUGGAUUCAUUUUGAGGGAAGGAGAAAUGUUGAUGAAAUUAUCAAGAUGAUAAAGAAAGUCAGGGAUUUUGGUAGAGAACAAAAAUUACAAAUUAAAAUAUCAGUUGAAUUUGAGAAAAAACGGCCCGAAUUUGAACCGCUUUUCAAAGUAGAAGCAGAUGUAAUAUUCAUUGGAAAAGACUUCGCGCAGUUUUCUGGCUUCACCACGCCCGAAGAAACAGUGAACGGGCUUUCGACUCAAGUACACUCUACCUCAGUCCUUAUUUGCCCAUGGGGAGAGCGAGGGGCAGUUGCCAGGGGGUGUGACAAGGAGAUCUGUUCAUCACCCGCCUACCCACCCGAGAGAGUCGUCGAUACACUAGGAGCCGGGGAUACGUUUAUUGCUGGUGUUAUAUUUUGUUUAAAUCGAGGGAGGUUGAUCAAAGAUGCUAUUCAGUUUGGUUGUCAAUUGGCUGGAAAGAAAUGUGGUAUACAGGGAUUUGAUGGACUGAAAGUGACUCAAAGUGACUCUGACAUAAGGAGCUGA